AUGAACUCUCUCUUCAACUCGGCUCUGAAGCAGUCGUCUGCCAUUCGCCGUGAUCUAGACACCUUCUCUCAGUCACCUCAAACCUCUUCUGCCGCUUUGCAAGGCCAGAUCGCCGCAUCUUUGGCGUCCUUGUCUCGCACCGUCGAUGAUUACUCGGCUCUUUCCAAGAAGGAGCUCAUUCCCGAGAAACAGCAAAAGGCCUUUGACCGAGUGAAGAACUUCCGUGACGAACUGGGCGACUACCGUACACAAUUCGACCGACUGCGGAAAGAACGCGAGGAUGCACAAUCGGUCACCAAUCGCAAUGAGCUUCUAGGACGCCGUCCCCAUCACGCCGCUACACCCGAGAAUCCUUAUGCGCAGUCCUCUCUUCCACAGCCCACGUCCGCCUUUGCGCCUUCUUCCGGCCUUAGUUUUGGCGGCAGCCCCGCGGAUCAACGCAGAGAAAGCCAUGCUCUGCGCGAGCAAUCGUUCUUUUCCAACACCAACACUCAGCUGGAUGACUUUCUAGAUCGGGGCCGCGCAGUCCUGUCAGACCUCGGCCAGCAGCGGGAAGUACUGAAGGGGACCCAACGAAGGCUGUACAGCGUCGCCAACACCCUAGGCGUGAGCGGAGACACCAUCCGUAUGGUGGAGCGACGGGCACGCCAGGACAAGUGGAUAUUCUGGGGUGGUGUUAUUGCUUUCUUCCUAUUUUGUUGGGCUGUAUUGCACUUCCUGCGAUGA